AUGAAAAUUAAUGUGGAAAUUAAUUAUGAAGCUACGGGUACUAAAAAAAUCUUAAAGGCUGAAUUUAAAUACACAGACACCGUCGGAGACAUAAAGAAUAAAAUUCCCGAUAUUAACGCCUACACUCGAUUAUAUUAUUGUGGCCAAAUAUUGGAUGAUCGUAAAAAACUCUCUGAUUACAAUAUCCAAGAAGGAAGCUACACUUCAUCUAGUCCUGAAGCUUAG